UCGGUGCCACUCACUGGAGGAGAGCAGAAUCUCAGCCAUGGACAUGGAGAAGGUCAACUCCAUGGGCUUCGGUGAAUUUGUGGAUGUGUUUGGGAACGUCAUUGAAAAAUGUCCUCUGGUCGCAGCUGCUGUUUGGUCCCAGCGUCCAUUCUCUGGCUUGGAAGACUUGGAAAAACACUUUUUUGAUUUUAUCGAUGCUCUUCCAAGGUCAGGCCUUGAGGGCAUCCUACGUUGUCACCCGGAGCUAGCGGGCCGCGAUCUGCAGCAGGGCACGCUCACCGCCGAAUCGCUGCGGGAGCAGAGCCAAGCGGGCCUCAUCAGCCUGGACGCAGACGACGUGCUGCGGCUGCAGCAGCUCAACGCGCUGUACCGCAAGCGCUUCGGUUUUCCUUUCGUGCUAGCUGCGCGCCUGAGCGACCGCGCAGCAGUGCCCCGGGAGCUAGCCCGCCGGCUACAUUGCCAGCCCGAGUCCGAGCUGCGCACCGCCCUGGGCGAGGUGAAGAAGAUCUGCCACUUGCGCCUGGAAGAUUUGCUAGGUGCCGGUCCCGCCAGUGUGGAACCCCGGCGGGGCUGGGGAUCCGAACGCCAGCAGGAUGCGCCACAAAGGGGACUUGGCGCAGCACACCUUUCGCCGGAGGUUGGCUCCGGCCUGGAAGGACAAUCCUCUCACCCACACAAAGCAAGUGGAGACCUGAAGCAAUCACACGAGCAAUGAAUGCAUCCUUUGUGCACUCAUCCACAUGAACACGCGUCGCCAAAAUAUGUCAAAAUUCUAGAGAGUUUAGCGCUUUGUCCCGGAUUUAUCCAGAUCGCUGCUUCAAUUCUCCAUUCGCCUUGCGGUCUGCCCGACACUACAGCUUUAACGAAUUGAAAGCUCCCAUCUGGCUCCCCAUUCUCUCCUGCUAAGCAGGAACAAGCAAUGCAAAAGGCACUGAAAGGGGAGUCUUGUAUUCCAUAGUGAUUUUUCUUUUCCCACUUUAUUUGAUUUACCUGAUAUUUACACGUGAGCAGAAGCGACUGUCUCACUCUGAGAUACUCAUGAAAGCUGAAGUUGGGAGGGGGGAAUUAAAACAUUGGUUUUGGU